AUGCUCGUCAAGAGCAAGGAGGAGCUCGAUCACCUGGACGACUUGGAGGAGACUUUUGCAACCCUGAGAAAACACCAGAUGAAGUUGAAUCCCAGCAAAUGUGUUUUUGGGGUAGCCUCAGGUAAGUUCUUGGGAUUCAUGGUGUCCCAGAGAGGAAUAGAAGCAAAUCCAGAGAAGGUACGAGCUAUCAUCGACAUGGCUUCACCCAAGACCGUCAAGGACGUACAAAAACUUACAGGAAGGAUAGCAGCCCUAAACAGGUUCGUCUCUAGGGCCACAGACAAAUGCCUGCCCUUCUUCAAAAUCCUCAAGCAGGCUUUCGCUUGGACCGACGAAUGCGAAGCAGCGUUCCAGGAGCUGAAGCAAUACCUGAGCAGUCCACCUCUCCUGAGCCCGUCCAAAGGAGGGGAGAACCUAUACUUGUACCUGGCGGUGUCAGCCUCGGCAGUAAGCGCAGCCUUGAUUAGAGAAGAAGGCAAGAAGCAACUCCCGGUGUACUACAUCAGCCAAGCCUUUCAAGGAGCUGAGUUCAGGUACCCAAGGAUCGAAAAAAUUGCGUUUGCACUUAUCGUAGCCUCGCGCAAGCUUAGACCGUAUUUCCAGUCAAAUCCUAUCCUGGUGAUGACGGAUCAACCGAUUAAGAAAUCAAUGAACAAACCAGAAGCAGCAGGGAGAAUGGUCCAAUGGGCCAUCGAACUCAGCCAAUUUGACAUCGAGUACCAUCCAAGAGCAGCCAUCAAGGCACAAGCUCUGGCUGACUUCAUCGCCGAAUUCACUCUUCCAGACGGAGAUGGAGUUGCAGACGAAGUUGACAAAUGGACAAUACAGACAGAUGGUUCGUCAGCCCAAAAGAGGGGGGGAGUAGGGGUUGUCAUAACCACCCCCGACGGAGAAGUGAUGAAAUAUGGGGUUCAACUGAAGUUCCCAGCCACCAAUAAUGAAGCCGAGUAUGAAGGAAUAUUGACGGGCUUGAGGCUUGGGAAAGCCCUUGGUGCCAAAAACUUGCUGAUCCAGAGUGAUUCGAAGCUGGUAAUCGGACAGGUCAGUGGAGAGUACGAGGCAAAGGAAGAAAGGAUGCAGAAAUACCUUAAACUGACAAGGCAACUAACUCAAGAGUUCGACACAGUGGAGUUCGUUCAGAUACCAAGAAGCCAGAAUAGUGGGGCCGACGAAGUGUCAAAACAAGCGUCAUCAGAAGAAGGAAAGACGAGCACGGACAUGACAAUGGAGAUCCAGAAACGCCCGAGUAUAGAAGAGGUGGCAGUGUUCUCCAUCCAGAACACAGACACCUGGAUGACGCCCAUAAUAACCUUCCUCCAGGACGGGCACCUACCUCAGAAUACUGACGAAGCUAAAAAGGUCAAGAAGAGAGCAGCCAGGUUUACAAUCCUAAAUGACGUCUUGUACAAGAGAGGCUUCUCUAUGCCUUAUCUAAAGUGCGUCGACGAGGACGAGGCCAAGUACAUCCUGGAAGAAGUACAUGGAGGAAUUUGUGGCGACCACGCCGGCUCCAGAUCCCUAGUCAACAAGGUGAUAAGAGCGGGGUAUUUUUGGCCAACCAUGCAGGUAGACGCUGCUGAGAUCGUCAGGAGGUGUGACAAAUGCCAACGAUACGGGAAUGUGCAGCGGCUUCCAGCGGAGAAAAUGACGACCAUAUCUUCCCCAUGGCCAUUUGCACAAUGGGGAAUCGACAUCGUCGGCCCGCUGCCCCAAGGUAAAGGUCAGUUCGACAGCCAAGGCUUCAAAGACUUCUGCUCGGACCUCGGGAUCAAGAAUCAGUUCUCAUCCCCGGGACACCCUCAGGCAAACGGACAGACGGAAGUAACGAACAGGACGCUGCUCAAGAUAAUCAAAACCAAGCUGGACGAAGCAAAAGGUUCCUGGCCAGAAGAACUACCUAGUGUCCUGUGGGCAUACAGGACUACAGCCAGAACCCCAACAGGAGAGACACCCUUCAGGCUUACCUAUGGCACAGAGGCAGUAAUCCCUGUAGAAGUCGGAGUAACAAGCAUCAGACGAGGAACUUUCAGAGACGAACUCAAUGACGAGGAACUACGCUUCAACCUGGAUUGCCUGGAUGAAGUAAGAGACAACGCGUCCGAUAGAGUGACAAAGUAUCAAAAAAAGAUGGCCGAGUACUACAACAGGAGGGUUAAACUCAGGCGUCUAGACAUAGGGGGCCUCGUCCUUCGUAAAGUCACUAUAGCGACUAAAGACCCUACUCAAGGGAAGCUGGGCCCUACAUGGGAAGGGCCUUAUCGCGUCAUUCACUACUCUAGACAAGGAAGUUACCAUCUGGAAACUAUGGACGGACAAAAGCUCCCUCGUCCUUGGAACAUUGAGCAUUUAAAGAAAUACCAUGAGUAA